UUGUGUAGUGAGAAGCAGCGACCUUGUGCAGUGCGGAGAUGGCGCGACUGAUACAGCAAGAAGUGUCUGAUAGCUGGAGAGUGAAUGGGAAGGACUAAGCCCAGUUGAUGUUACACGGUUUUUAAGGGUGAUUUACGGUUUUAGUGAGAAUUCAACAAGAUUCCUACAAUAUUAACAGGAGAAAUACCCUUGCGAACUCGGCUAAUCAUCUCUCCAGCCUUUGAAAGUAGUCGUGGUGAUAGAGCGAAGCGUUCCUGAAUGCUGGUCAGUGAGGCUUACAAGAAUCAUCAUACCUGUGCAUUGUGGAGGACAGUUGGAGGGAUGUGGGUGAGGAAGAGGAGAACCCGUAAUGAAGUCAAAACAGGAAGCUCUAGUACCAAGAACAAGAUCGACAAACAUCACCGACACGCGACACCAGCUGUGUGUGUUAUUGUGAGACACGUGGUAGAGGGGAGGACCAAGGAGGACCAACGAGGACUGAGAGAGGACCACGGAAGACCAACAAGACCUACGAACUCAUAAACACAGAAAGAGAGAGAGAAGAAAAGAGGAGAAGGAUGAAGCCACAGUACUUGGUGGUGGACACAGCGGCUCUGGUGAAAUACGUACCUUUGUGGGAGUAUGGGGAGAAGCUGUGCAGUGUGCCGGAGGUCAUCAGUGAGAUCAGGGACAAAGAGGCUCGGCAGAGGCUAGAGGCACUGCCUUUUCCCAUCACCAUGCGCCAGCCUCAGCCACACUCCAUAAAGUUUGUGAAUGAAUUCUCCAAGAAGACUGGGGACUACGCCAGCCUGUCUCUGGCUGACAUUAAGGUGCUGGCACUCACUUACGAACUGGAGGUGGAGGUGCAGGGUGGCAGCAGUCACCUCAACUCAGAGCCUCAUAAGAUAAUCACAGAGGGUGCUGUCACCAAGGCCCAUCAGAAGAAGGAGUUCAACAACCCCCCAGAGCAGUGUGAAGAUGAGCAGUGUGAGGAGAGACUGGAUCCCUUGAGAGGCACCACCCCUCCAAUAGAUACAGGAACAAGAACUUCAGACACCCUUAUGGACCGACACCUGAUGGCGCUGGACACAUUUCUCCUGGACCAUUCUUAUAUCACAGGAUACACCCUAUCCACUGCAGACCUCACCUUGCAGCAAAGCAUCAUGAAGCAGUACCCUCAGCUGUACAUUGAGCCUCAGAGCAAGUGUAAAAUCAUGGAACUAUACAUGCACGAAGCCUUUCCAUUGCCACUGCCUGACUUGUUCCCUCACCUGAGCCGAUGGGUGACGCACAUAGGCAGCAUUAGUGAGGGAGAGGCCUCCAUGCUUCCAAGGAGUGACCGGACAGUUGACGAGAUCCUUCGUGCCCUCUUGCAACUGUUGAAGGAAGAGGAGGAGGCAGAGAAAUGUGCACUGAGAGAAGACACUGAGGCAGAUGACACCCAGACACAUGAAAGCCCAGAACCAGGAGAGGAAGAGAAAAACUGUACAUCCCAAGAAACUGAGGAAGACGGUGAUAGCAAAACAGACGCAGCUGAAAACAAGGGCGAGGAGGAGAGCAAUGAGAAUGAAGAGGACAAGGAAGACACAGAUGAUGAUGAUGAUGGUGGUGGUUGGAUCACCUGUGAGAAUAUAAAGAAACACAAAGGCAAGAGGAACAUCUUUGGUCAUGUGCAGGAGGAAGUAGAAGAGGAGAAGGAUGUUCAGGUGGCUUGCAUUACAGGAGACUUUUCCAUGCAGAAUGUCUUGAAACAUAUUGGACUGUCAGUGAUGGGAGUGGAUGGGCGACUCAUCAAGCAGCUUAAGACUUACAUACUGCGGUGCCACGCUUGCUUCAGAACCACAUCCAUCAUGGACAAGAUCUUUUGUCCACACUGCGGCAACAAGACCCUAAAGAAGGUGUCUGUGACCUUGGAUCCUGAUGGCACACAGAGGAUAUGGAUCAAUACCAAGAGACCAAUAAACAAGAAAGGAAUGAAGUACUCGCUCCCCACGCCGAAGGGAGGGAAGCACGGCCGCAAUCCCAUAUUAGUGGCUGACCAGCGGGAGGCCAAGAAAUCCUCCAGCAAGAUGAGCAGAAAGAAGAUUAACCCACUGCACGAGGAUUAUAACCCAGCAGAUCAGACACCUUUUGCCGUGAGGGACGUGUAUUCCAGAGCAGCUCAGUUGGGAUACAUUGGAGGAAAGAACCAUCAUCACUUCUAUUGGGAGAAAAGAAAUCCUAAUGAACCACAAAGGAGAACUGGCAAGAAAUAAGAGAGGUGCUGUAUGGAGAUGAUCACCCACAGGGAUGAUCACUUCCAAGGCUGAAGACUUAACAAAAGCAGCUGCUGUUGCUGCCACCAUCACCUGCACCUGCUCCUGCUGCUGCUGCUGCCGCCGCCGCCGCCGCCAAAUUAAUCCUGGAACAACAGGUCAUUUAGGAGGUUUUUGAUAAUCACUCCAUCAAAAAUAAAAAAGUAAAGAUUUC